AUGAAGAAUUUCAACUUUUUGUUCUUGUCGCGGAAAUGGGAAAAAGAUAAAGUCAAGCUCACGAACCAAUUACUUGAAAUCGACGCCAAUGCUCGCGGUCUCGGACCUUCGUGCGGCGAAACCCAUAUAUCAGCUACCAAUAUUAGAGAUGGAGAUGCUCCCGAAACUUCGUCGGUUUUCCAUUGGCCCAAAGGUCACCGGUCGUCGCACAUGCUGCCGUAUCAAGUCAUUUUGUAUCCUGAAGGAACUGUGAUUCUGCCCCAUACCCGCGAGCGUCUGGCAAAGUUCUGUCAGGAGAGAGGCUUGCCCGUACUUAAACAUGUGCUUCUUCCUCGAAUCCGUGGUCUUUUUUUGGCAUUGAGAAAACUCCGCGAUACCGUAGAAGUGGUGUAUGAUGUUACUUGUGGUUACGAUGGUUUGCGGCCCGAUCAAUAUGGUGAGGAUGAGUUUACACUCAAGCAGAUAUACCUCCGUGGAAACGGUCCGAAGAAGGUUUCAUACUACAUCAAAGCUUGGAAGAUUAAGGAUAUACCUCUUGGCGCCGAGACGGUAGAUAUCGAUGAUGUUUCACCGGCCGAUUUUGCGAAGAUUUGA